AUGAAGCUGAACCCGGGCACGAAGAAGGACGAGAUCGACGUGCUCUUCAACUACCGGCGCCUCCGCGUCUUCGUCGGCGAGGACUGCAUCCUCGACGACGUCCUCUACAACCCGAUCAUCUGCGAGGGCUGCACCUGGACCUACAACGAGCGCAACCGCAAGCUCGAGAUCUCCCUGACCAAGGACAGCGACACGAUCGUCUGGUGCGCCGCGUUCCUCGCGAAGGACGCCGAGGGCAACGUGCCCCUCGACUACGAGGAGGAGGCCGCGGAGCGGGAGCGCAUGGAGCGGUUCCUCCCGAAGCGGUUCUAA